AUGAAAACUCUAUAUGAGGCCUUGGUGGAUGAUAAUAUUAGAGUUCAUUGGAGGUUCUUAUUCAAGAGCAAUAACGCUAGACCAAGAGCCAUACAUACAACAUGGCUAGUGUGUCAUGGGAAAAUAGGAACUAAAGACAAGCUUGUGAGAAUUGGUUUGAUUCAUGAAACUAAAUGCAACCUAUGCAAUGAGGUCGAUGAGAAAUUGGAUCAUUUGUUUUUCGAGUGUGCAGUAUCCAAGGGUAUUUGGCAGCAUGUGCUACAAUGGAAAGAAAUCCAGCAUGAUCUCCAAUGCUGGAGUGCUGAGAAAGUGUGGAUUUUGGAGCAAGUAGCGAAUAAAGGUUGGAGAGCUAGCUUGUUGAAACUUUCCAUCAUGGAAACAAUUUACGCAUGUGGAAACAUAUACGAAUACAUGUGA